GCUCUUCCAUUCGUCAUGAGGCCUCGUAAGAAAAGGGAAAGAAGAAAAAGGAAAGAGAGAGGCAGAGGGGACUCGGGCGAAGGAGGGAAAUAAAAGGAAAGGAAGAAAGAGAGGGAAGGGGAAAAAAAAAAUCAAACGUGCAAGUCAUAUCGAAUAUCAUUAAAUUCUUCCAAUCAGGUUUAGAAAUGAAGACUAAAUUUUCUUAAUCAAGGAAGGAAAAUAUAAGGAAAGAAACUGGCGUGGAAAGGAGAAAGAAGGAUAAAUGUGAGGGAAAGAGGGAAAAAUAUGCAAGUAAGCGAGGGAAAUUGAAAGGAAAGUUAAGAAAAAUAUCCUCACCCAUGAAAACGUAAUUGAGGAAGCAAGAAAAAAAAAUUGAUAUGAGAAGAGAGUGAUAACUUUUUUAAUAAAGAGACGAAAGGAAGAGGAAAGGAAAAAAAAGAGAAAGAAAAUAAAAAGAAAGCAAAGAAAAAAUAAGAAAGGGAUGUGACUUAGAGGGAAAAACAAGCAGCAGACACACACGAGCAUAAUCACAAAACGAAAAUACAACACCAUACCAAUACUAUCUACAGAAAACACGUCACGCAAAGAUAGCUAAAGUGCAGGAAAAUAAACAAACCACGAGGAAGCACACACACUUACACUUACAACUACACCCACACUCACACUCACACACCCACGCCAACCCCGCCCCGUCCCACCACAACACGAUCCCCUCGCGGGUUCACAAGGAGGCAAGCUGUCACGCCCAGCACCUCGACGUUCCUCCCGCCGCCGCCCGCCCCCGCCGCCACCGCCGCUACCUCCCCAGGCCAAGAUAGCGCCCACGCCACGCCAGGACGCGGCCCGGGGCUCCAGCAUGACCAUGGACGACAUCAAGGACUCGGCAACUUCGCCAAUCAUUGCCCAAAGUCCGCCGCCACAGAUUGGUCAACAAAACAGCGAAGGGUUUAAUCUGAAGCGGGCUGGCGAGCGUCUCCGAGCGGCGGCCGCCCUAUAUAAUUACACCAGCACCGACAGCCCGGGCCUCUGUGCCUUCAUCCUCACCCUCAUCUCCUAUCUCCUUAUUGUUGCUACUUUCCCCUUCUCGCUAUGUCUCUGUAUCAAGGUGGUGCAGGAGUACGAGAGGGCCGUCAUCUUUCGCCUCGGUCGCCUGCUAAAGGGCGGCGCAAAGGGGCCCGGUAUCUUCUUCAUCGUUCCCUGCAUCGACUCCUACAGGAAGGUCGACCUGCGUACCGUAUCCUUCGACGUGCCGCCACAGGAGGUGCUGACACACGACUCGGUCACCGUGGCAGUGGACGGCGUCAUUUACUUCUCCAUCAAGGAUGCUCUCAGGGUUGUUACCGCUGUGGCAGACUACAGCCACUCCACCCGCCUGUUGGCCGCCACCACCUUGCGCAACGUGCUGGGUACUCGCAACCUGGCUGAGAUCCUGAGCGAGCGAGAGUCGAUCUCCGCCACCAUGCAGAGUUCGCUGGACGACGCCACCGAUCCCUGGGGCGUCAAGGUGGAGCGCGUCGAGAUCAAGGACGUGAGGCUCCCGGUGCAGUUGCAGCGAGCCAUGGCCGCCGAGGCCGAGGCAGCGCGAGAGGCCCGAGCCAAGGUGAUCGCCGCCGAGGGUGAACAGCGAGCCUCCAGGGCACUCAAGGAAGCUGCAGAGGUCAUCAACGAGUCUCCAGCAGCUCUUCAGCUGCGCUACAUGCAGACACUCAACGCCAUCAGCGCUGAGAAGAACUCCACCAUCAUCUUCCCUCUGCCCAUCGAUCUCCUUUCCCAGUACAUGAAAAAUGGUAACAGCAAGAAUGGGAAGAAUGUGAAGAGCAAGAAGGACCUGCUCUCUGAUGAUGAAUAGGGAACACUUGGCACUUCACGAUACACAAGAGACACCACCCUCAAGAGUACUGCCACACUAGCCUUGAGUUAGGAUCAAGUAGUGUUGUAGACUUUUGAAUCUGAGCUGUACAUUCCUAAGCCCUUUUUUUCAUGCAACUCACACAUGAAAUUUUAAUAUUUCCUGAGCAAUGAGUUUGGGGUCCUCCUCUUGGUCUGGCAGCUGCCCUUUCCUCUUUAUCUUAUGCCCCUUUUACUUAUUUCAACUGGGAUUCCUGCUUCUUGGGACCUCUGAGGGACCACCCUAGACGAGUUUUGUUCCUCGCAGGGAAAGUGAAUUUUUACCAGAGGAACGAUCAGCAGCCUUGCACAGAGACCAAGCUGGGCAGGGAACCCCAUGGACUGCUUGUCCCUUUGUAGGUUGCUGUAGUGAAGCUCAGGAACCCUUGCGGCUCCUCCCCCACCACAGCCAAGCUGUAUUUCAACUUCCCAGUGGCAUCCAUGAUCUGGCUGACACCCAGACUUACACCUACACAUUGCAGGUCUCACCUGAGCUGAUUAGGUCAGCCAGGUGGGUCUGUUGGUUGCAGUCUGUAAGUUGUCAGUCAAUAUAUAUAUAUAUAUAUAUAUAUAUAUAUAUAUAUAUAUAUAUAUAUAUAUAUAUAUAUAUAUAUAUAUAUAUAUAUAUAUAUAUAUAUAUACAAAAAAAUAAUGAACAAAGUUAUUUUUCAUCAGGAGAAAUUCAUGUUUCUCAAUGAGUAGGUGCUGGGAGCAGCUGUUGGGUGUCCUAGGGCAGUGACACUAGCAGGCUGGUCUUUCUUGUGUAUCCUGAAGAGUGCCAGGGCAGCACGGCGCCUUGCGUGGGCCCGCCAGUUGCUGACACUGGGCAAAGAAUCAGUCAGGUGCCAUUUAAUGCAGGAAUCACAAGUAAAACCAUAGCAUUUAAUUUGAAAAAUAAUUUCAUCAUACCGAGCCCAGUUGGUGGGCACCACGCAACUGACACGCCGCCCACUCCUAGCUAAUGAGAACUAAAGGAUUGCUCCUGAUAAUCAACCAUAAGUUUAUUUCUUCUAAGAGUGGACUCACCACCUCCACCACCACCAACAAACGUUUUGGUACCUCUCCUUUCAUUGAGAGUGGAGCAGGUGACAUGGAGUUGUGUUGAUUAUAUAUGCCUACAAAAUGCAAGCCUGGAAGGAUAGCUCUGAAGCCAGCUCAAACAGGACAUGGUCAUGAAAGUGUUCCAGUAAAGGGAACAAAAACACCUGACCCAAUUUAUUUGGGCAUUAAAUGAGGCAUACAGCACCUGUGUUCUAACUGCACAGCUCGGCUGCACCAGUGCCCCACCUUCAGGAAACGUUUCUUGGUUCUGGCUGGAUCCACUGCCACUCUGUGCAUAUCAGCCACACCCUUGGUGCCCUGCCCCUGCGUGGUGCCUGGUGCACUGCUACUGUUGCCAACAUCAAGCACACAUUAGGUGGACUCAUGCUGUAGUCUGCUACAGAUGUGACACCAUCUCAGCAUCUUUGGAUGCUACAGUUCAUGCCAUGGCAGUGGAGGCAGUGAUGGAACACUAGGGCUGCCAGUAGGGGUAAGGCAGCAGCCAGUAUACUGUUGCCAGCCAGAGCAUCUCACUGCUGCUGAAAAGGACCAGGUCAACUUGCGUUUGUGUGGAAGUGUGUCAUGUUGCCUAAACAUCAAAAGAAUCUCCCAGCAGUGUGGUGGUCUGGCUAGAGUUUGAAAUUUUAUGUUGCACUUUCUUGAUAUUAUAUCGUAUAUGAAUAUAUGAAUAUAUAAAUAUAUAUUAUGUAGCACUAUAGCAAUAAUACACGAGAGCUUUGUUCUAAAGCAUUGAAGAUCCACCUGACCUGGCCUCAUCAGAGCCUACAAAAGUAAAUAUCAAAAUUCAUCAUACUUUAAAAUUCACUGCAGCAGCAGCAGUUUUUGAAAACUAAAUGCUUGCCACCAUGAUUCUAUCUGAUUCUUGUGGCUUACAAACUGCCUCGCAGGUUCCAAAUUAAAGCCAAAACUCUAUGCAUUCCCCCUCACGCAGACCAUGCCUCUCACCCCACCCACAAGGCUGAGGUAAGGGGCCUCAGACAGCAGGGAAGAUAACAACAACUUGAUUCAGUUACCCCUCAUGUAGACCAUGCCUCUCUCCCCCACAGGCUGGGGUAGAGGCCCCUGGACAACACGGAGGAUAAUAACAACUUGACUCAGUUCUUCCAAAACCCCAUCAGCUGCUCCUUGGUGCCUGCCCUGCCAGGAGCUGUCCGAUGUGGAGGUCGUCUUGGAGACAGUCCAGUCUUCCAGUUUGUUGUUGUCUCACCUUAGUUUGCCAGGGCACCCUCUACCCUGCCAAGGAUGAGGUACACCCAAUGAGUGGGAAUGAGAAGGCAAUCAAUCUCCUAGCAUGGCAGGCACCUACAACCUGUCCCAACAUGACCAGUGUGUCCUUCCAUUAUAGUAUGGCUGUCCACAAACACAGAUAAUUUACAAAAAACACAUUUUUAUUAAUUUCCUUUGAGGCUAUUACAGAAAACACAAUGUUGGCAACCCAUCACACUCUUUCACUGCCUAUCAUCAUUAUCAAAAGGGUUAUGUGAUGUGCAGUGAUAUCGCCACACAAGGCUGUCUUACUGGCCUGAGUGCAUACCUUGGGACCGUAGCCAUUACUUGAUGGCUAUCUGGGUAUAGUCAUUCCUCCCAAAGACUGUCCAACUCUUAUGUUGAGUUGUACAUAACACAUCUGAGGAGCAUAAUGUUCUUGUAUUAAUCUUUAUACUUAUUAGUUUAAAAGUCAUUGUGUUGUCCCUUUUGUCAUACCUGAAAUGGUACUGUGUGGAUGCCUACACUGCUCUUAUUUUUCCCAUUUCUUGUAGGGUUAUUUAGGAACUUUCACAUUACAUGUUAUCAGUGACUUUUUGCAAGAUUUCAGUGCUGUUGCUGUGUUAUCUUGCCCUGUGGGCUCUCAGCUGCCUGUCUCAUUAAUAUUGCAUAAGAAAGGUCAUAAUAGUGUACUACUCAUGACCCUUGACUAGUUGCCCCAGGAUAAAAUUGUUUACUUCUUUCUACAACAUAGAGUUGUCACAGCUGGGAUAGUUGGUUCUAUGUAGUACUAUAUAUUUUUAAGUUUCUGAGCUUGGGUUUGACAAUAAUCCUCUUUGGCACAUGCAGCUCAGCAGAAAAUACUGUAUUUAUUAUCUAAGCAGAAUGUUUACUAUUAUUGAUUGAGCUCCUACACAACUCUUAGAAAAGCUUCACUCAUUGGUAUCUCCAAAAUCUUUUACAUUAAAUUUUGUUGGUUUUCCUUUAGAUUGCUAAAAAUUAUUAAAUUACUUUAGGGGGAAUUGCCUACUUUUUUGAGAUUUGGCUACACUGCAGUUGGCAACACUUUUCCCCCCUAUCCUUAAAAGUGAAAACCCAUCUGAGUAAUAUAUAUAUAUAUAUAUAUAUAUAUAUAUAUAUAUAUAUAUAUAUAUAUAUAUAUAUAUAUAUAUAUAUAUAUAUAUAUAUAUAUUACUUUUUAAAUCAUGAAACUAAGAAAUUAAGAUUGUCAUUGCUGCAGAUCUAGAUAUUACCAUUGAUAGAAUUUUAAGGUUUUAAUCACUACUACAGAUUUAUUAUUUUGAAAGCUUUAUCAAUGUUCACCUCGCCUUCAUGAUUGCAUAUAAGCUGCACUGCAUUUGCUUGCUUGCUUUCAUAUUUUGGGCAGAAAGAGGUUCAGGUUCAGAAUGUAGGAAACAUGUGCAACUUAAUCUGAGGAAAAUUCAACUUUAUUAUUAGCUACUUUUUUUUAGACUUUGGAGUACAGGCGUUGGGAGCAGCAAGUUACCUCCCUUGCCUCCUCCUGCCCAAAAUAGGAAGGGAUUCACACGUCCAGUUCUGUGUUUCUCUUUCAAUAUUACAAAUAUAUUUGCAAAUCUUGUACACCUUGUUUCACAGAAAUAAAGAAAUUACAUAAA